CUUUUGACUGUUGCUAGAUCGCUAGCAAUUUUAUUCGUCAAUGACUAGUUGUUUUCUCGACUUUGCCUACGUAAAUUGUUGCCUCAAUAAUGUAACCAAGAAUUUUUAAAAUAGGUCUAUUAGUUUUGGAGCCUAUGCAAUUGAAACAAACGAUCAAAUCUUUACUGUUUAAUAUUAGUUAGAUAUUUGUGCAAUAUUAUACAGUCACAAUUAAAAUGAUAGGACAAUUAAUUAAGUAUAGGAAGUAAAAUUACAUUUGUACACAAUAGAUUAACAUAAAUCUAUAUUGCAAUACUUUAAUGAAUCAUCACCAGCUUAUUAUUAUUAUUAUUAUUCUUUUUUUGGUCACCCAUCUCGUGACCGACCCUUUCGAAAGUUGCUUAACAACAACGAUCUUGAGCCGCGGCGCUUAUCCGCUACGCUAACGUGGUACUACUUAUCCACUAUGUCACUUAUCAAAAUAAUCUACCUACUUUCCAAAAUAUAGAUUUAUAAAACUUAGCCAAAAAUAUUUUUACCACAAUGUAAUGAAAACCCUAAAAUGUAGCUGUAUUAAAAAUUGAGCUAAAUGUGUGUGGGUAAAUAUAUAAUUAUAUAACCCUGCAUUAUGAGUUCGAUUGACAAUAAACUAAUUGAUAGUGACUAAAUAGUUGGUUGAUAAAUAUCGACGACUCCUUCCUUAUCUCGGGCUCAUUCAGUCGUACCGUGCGUGUGUAAGCAGAUGCCCGCGUCUGUCAAUAAAAACGUUACCGAUUUCCGACUUCGCGAACUAAUCACAAAAUGACAAUAAAAGUUUAAGUUUCUAUAUCUUUUUUUAAUACAAUUUAUAAGUGUAAUUUAAUUUAUAAGUGUUAUAAAAAAUAGUGCGACAUUAUGACGGAAUUAUAAAAGUUUUAUCAAUUCGGAUUGGUGAUUGGUAUUUUUCGGUUGUUUUUGUUUUAUCGCGGAAUAUUAUAAGUGGGAGAAUGCGCGGGCGCACUCCGCGAUGGCGAUGGCUGGUGGCCGGUGGUGGGGCGCUGCUCGCCGUGGCCGCUCUAGGAUCAGCGCUCGCUUGGAGUCUCAUAUUCGAUUCUGUUCUGGCUUCCCAAAUGGAGCUGAGUCCUUCAUCUCGUUCGUUCAAGGAGUGGGAGGCGCCAUCAGUGCCGCUAUACUUUGAGAUCUUCUUGUACAACUGGACUAAUGCCGCCGAAUUUCCCGAGGAGAAACCUAAUCUCGUUCAACUGGGCCCGUACCGGUUCAGGGAACACAGACGCCACGUGAACGUGACCUGGCAUAAGAACAACGACUCCAUAGCGUACCGCACACUUAGGAGCUGGAUAUUCGACCCCACCAGUAAUGGCACCCUGCAGGACAAUAUCACUACACUCAACGUUAUAGCUGCUUCAGCCGUAUUCCGGUCGAGGUUCUGGGGCUUCUUCCAACAGAAGGGCUUAUCAAUGGGUCUGGCGAUGUUCGGACAAAAGGUAUCCGUGUCUAAGACAGCGAGGGAACUGCUUUUCGAUGGUUACGAGGACCCUUUGCUGGAUCUGGCUAAGAGUCUUCCGCCCAGCACUACUGGAGGUGCACCGCCUGUGGAUAGGUUCGGAUGGUUUUAUGAGAGAAAUAAUUCGAUGGAUACCGAAGGCCACAUGGAGGUGACGACGGGGAAGACCAGGGGUACCUUGCCUGGCCAGAUCCUCCGAUGGAACUAUUUGGACCGUCUGCCGUAUUAUGAAGGUGAAUGUUCUAAGGUGAGGCAGGAAUAAUUCUCAAGUUUAUUUUAUAUCAUGCUCUUUUAUUUCUUUUUUUUUUUAAUCCAGAAUCAUUUUUUUUUAUUUAGUUUGGCUGGUUGUUAUUUUACUUUUAACGUGGAAGCAAUUUUACAAGCAAAAAAUUUGUACCAUAUAAAAUCUCUUUGCAGUUGGAAGGCAGUGUUGGAGAGUUUCUCCCUCGGGACUUAAACGAGGAGUCGAGACUGACGAUGUUCAUGCCCGACCUCUGUCGGACGGUAAACCUGGAUUACCGGUCCAGCGGUGAAAUGUUAGGGCUCCAGUACCACAAAUAUGAGAUAUCUGAGAGCAGUUUUGAUAAUUGUAAGUUAAAAUAUGAUGUGUGUUAUUUGCCCUAAAGUGUUUGCUUGUAUUACUUGCACACAACACUCAAAAUGAUACUGAAAUUGCCCUA